GUCACUUUGGCGGAGUCUGUGAACUUCAGCUGCGUCGAGGCUCUUCUGCGGAAAACGGUCUGCUCUCAGCCGCUACACUCGAGUCUGGAGCAUCAAAAGCAGAUUCCAGAUGGAAGAAGCAGAUAACGUUUCCUCCGCUGCAUCCGAUGGAGCUCCGCGCGAUAUCAUCAUGAAUGAAGCCGCUGUAUUCGCUCAGACACCGGCAGACGAGACGCUGCGCAGCGCGGAGGAGGAUUCACCGGAGAACACUAACCUUACUAGCCUCACUACUGCACAGAUAACUAGUGCUCCACACAAACCUGAGGCAACCAGUGCUCCACUGAUGACUGAGAUAACUAACAUUAGUGCUCCACAGAACACUGAAGAAACUGAUGCUUCACAGAUGACUGAAGAAACUAGCACUCCAACUGAGAUAGCAGAAAUAAGCAGCACUUGGCAGAUAACUGAGGAAACUAGUCCUCCAGAGCCAGCAGAAGCAAGCUUUUCUCCAGCCGCUAGUGAAGAGCCCGCUGGAGCUCCGGAGCCGGAGCCGGAGCCGAGGGAGGAGAGCGUGACUGCGGCGCGGGAGGAGGAGCAGCGGGAGGAGGCUCCCCGAGGAUCUCGCUCAGAGCCGGACAGCAGCAGCACACACGCCGCGUCGGAGCACCGAGAGCCCUCACCGUCCCAUGAACCCGAACCCUCUGCUGCUGCUGCCAUCCUUCAGUUUCCAUCAGACCGCUGCGAUUCUCCACCCGUAGCUUCUCGGGCCAGCACUAGUCUUGCUAUGGAUCCAUUGGGACGUAAGAACUCGGCAGCGUUCGACCCAGAUGUGCUGAGCCAGUCUGACGACGACUUCAUGUUAGAAACAAAAAAGAGUCCAUUCCAGGCAUUUUCCCCAUGAGCGACGGCCUAGGAGACCACUGCUGCCAGGAGAUCAGUGGAGGUUUCUGAGAGUCCGUCUCCAGACCUGGUGCAGGACGCAUACGAUGAAGGCCAUGCGCUGUCAGAGGAGCUCAAACCGGAUACUGAUGCUGACGCACCGGUCUCCCUUUCAUACGCUCCGUCCGACCUUUAUUCAAACCUCAACACGGCAUCUGACGACCGACCAACGUCUCUUCCAGAUAUUCUCAAAUCGUCUCCGCUGAACCCUGACAAACUGGACUCUGGCUCGUCAGAAGGAAGCCCUGAAUUCAGCCCGGUUCACAGAAGUGUGGACGAUUCCCCAAAUUCCCCGUUCCCUGUUAACAAUCCCUUUGGAUUUGACUCCAAGAUCUUGCUGCUGAAGGAGAUGGCCGAGGAGACAGAGGCCAAAGCUGGGGAGAAGACCCAGCCGGAAGUGGAGGACAACUCCGAGCAAAGUUUCACCGAUUUUGAUCUUGUGAAAGAGACGGACAUGCCUCCGAAGAGCGACGGCCUUCUGAAGGACAAAGAGGUGAUCAGCCAGACUGCAGUUCAGACGGCUGACAGAUUUGAGUGUCUCGGCUUCCCCAGUGGAAACACUCGAGAACCGUCUGAUUCUGAGAGUCUGUCCGCAGACUCCUUCUCCCCGGAGCCGUUGGAGCAGGAGCGGCGAGCCAUCCAGGGGGCAAUGGACACCGCCGAGGAGGUGUCGGAGCAGGAGGCCUCGUCUGAAGAGUUUGAGUUUGUGGAGCGGCCCCCACAGGGAGCUGCUGAGGAGUUUCUGGAAAUGCAGGAUAGCCUGGCCUUCAGUAAACCCUCAGAAAUGCCGCAGGAUGAAGACCGAUCUCCUAAACUGGAGCCUCAGGAGGCGGCAGAUCAUACGCCUACGACCGAAGACGCAGACAAACAAAGCUCUUACCAUCUCCUCACCCAGGCGUCAGACGAACCUUCUCCUGCAAGAGGUAAAGCGGGCCUGGUGUCUGAUUUCCAGGAAAUCUCCCCAGCUCCUGUAAUCCAUCCUCCAGCAGAUAAACCUGGAGCCGCGGAGAAGGAAGCUGAAGGCAGCAUGUGUAAUCUGAGCGCAGCGGCAGUGCUGGAGCUGCUGUACUGGAGGGAUGUGAGGGUCAGCGGGCUGGUGUUCGGCGGCUGCCUCUUCCUCCUGCUCUCCCUCCUCAGCUGCAGCAUCAUCAGUGUCCUGUCCUACUCUGCUCUGGCCCUGCUGUCCGUCACCCUCUGCUUCAGGACAUACAGGGGAGUCCUGCAGGCCGUCCAGAAGUCUGACGAGGGCCAUCCAUUCAAACGGUACCUGGAUCAGGAUGUAGCUUUGUCUAAAGACGUGGUGCAGAGGCACAGUGACGUGGUUCUGAGCCGGAUCAACGGUGUGCUGAAGGAGCUGCGGCAUCUGUUUCUGGUGGAGGACCUGGUCGACUCGCUGAAGUUCGCAGUGUUUCUGUGGGUCCUCACGUAUGUCGGUGCCUGGUUUAACGGACUCACGCUGCUCAUUCUCGGUCUGAUUGGAGCUUUCAGCGGCCCAAUAGUCUAUGAGAGACAUCAGACUCAGAUCGAUCAGUUCAUUGCCACGCUGAAGAGCCGGGUGAAGGAUGUCAUGGGCCAGAUUCAGGCCAAGGUUCCUGGAGCGAAGAAGAAGUCCGAGUGAUUCUGGAGCGGCUCCGAUCUCCACUCCGCAUCUACAGCUCUAUCUCUGUCUGUUUUCCUCUCUUCUGUUCACUCACAUGACCGCAUCUUCAUCAAGUUGCUCUGAUACUGAAACACUGGUUGCAGAAUAAAUGAAAUAUCUUGUUUAAUGUCUGAGAAACGUGGUUUUGAUCCUUCAGAAAAUGAAAUGCACUUCAGGUCUGCUUUCUUUUUUAACGAGGGAAGUUGAAGAGUACCAGUAUUGACUUUUUGUGGUGUUUUAGUUCCUAUGACUGUGAUUUUACUUGAUUGACUGGAGUUUCUGUCAUGCUCCGUUAUCUUAGCAACUUUUCUAGAUAUUAAGACAUUUGAGCUCCCCUGCAGGAUCAUCUCUGGAUGAACUCGUUUACAUGAAGCUUCCUCAGCAGAGGUUAUUGUAUUUAAAUCUAUUUAUCUCUGGACCGAUUGCUAAAGCGAGCAGCGUUUGCCAUGCCAAUAACUGUGAAUGAAACGUGUCCUGUUGUCUGAACUCUGUGAAUGCAUUUUGAGAUGUUAAUGAGAACCAAUAAAGCUUCUAGAUCAA